GGACGCAGGCAAAUGAUAUGAGUAAUAACAACAAGCAUUAAGCAAGUCAGUUCUCGUCCAUCUUUUGAGGUGCGCGCGCGUCUGUUUCAAGAUGGCUCGCGUUCUCUUCCUGGUUCCCUUAUACGCCCUAGCGGCGGUGGGGAUAUACUACAUGUUCUUGAAGAAACCUCCACCCGUUCCUGAGGUGGACCUGAACGCCUGGUGGGGACCGAAUGAGCUGAAGGGCAAGCAGGACACAAGUAUCAGGCCGUUCAAGGUCACGUUCAGUGAAUCGAUGAUCAAAGACCUCAAAGAGCGCCUCACGAACCACCGCAAGUGGACCCCUCCGCUUGAGAACAUCGGUUUCCAAUACGGCUUCAACAGCAAGCAGCUGGACAGCUGGAUCUCGCACUGGGCCGAGAAAUACAACUUCCAGCAGAGAGAGAAGUUCUUCAACAAAUUCCCUCACUUCAAGACUAAUAUCCAGGGGCUGGAUAUACAUUUCAUCAGAGUUAAACCUGAGGUCCCAGCAGGAGUGGAAGUGGUCCCUGUACUUUUCAUGCACGGCUGGCCAGGAUCCGUCAGAGAGUUCUACGAGGCGCUACCUCUCCUGACCGCCGUCAGUAAGGACCGAGACUUUGCCAUCGAAGCCAUCGUGCCCAGUCUGCCAGGAUACGGGUUCUCUGGUGGUGCAGUCCGCCCAGGACUUGGCGCCACUGAAGUGUCAGUAGUGUUCAGGAACCUGAUGCACCGGCUCGGCUUCAAGAAGUUCUACGCCCAGGGAGGAGACUGGGGUAGCGCGAUUGGUACCAACAUGGCUACGCUGUUUCCUGAUGAGGUCCUCGGCUGGCAUACGAACUUCGCCAUGGUGCAGUCCCCCUACGCCACCGUGCAAAUGCUCCUGGGGUCCGUUCUUCCCUCCCUUAUAGUGGAACCUCAUCUAGCCGAACGUCUAUAUCCAUUAGGGAAGACCUUCUCGUACUUGAUGGAGGAGUCUGGAUACAUGCAUAUUCAAGCCACGAAGCCGGAUACAAUUGGCGUAGCCCUCUCGGACUCCCCAUCCGGCCUCCUCGCCUACAUACUCGAGAAAUUCUCCACCUGGACCAAUCCCAACUGGAAAUCUCGCCCUGACGGCGGUCUAGAAGAGCGUUUCACCCGUGACCAGCUCAUUGAUAACCUGAUGGUGUACUGGUCUACGAAUUCCAUCACCACUUCAGUGAGGUUGUAUGCUGAGAGCAUGGGAAAUGAGAUCGGACGGACCCUUAACAAAAUCCCAACCUUCGUGCCCACCUGGAUCCUCCAGGCCAGACACGAGCUGUUGUACCAGCCCCCGUCCAUCCUCAAGGAAAAGUUCCCCAACACCAUCGGUGUGACGGUGCUCCAAGAUGGCGGACAUUUCAUUGCUUUCGAGAUGCCGGAGACGCUGGCCGCGGAUGUAUUAAAGGCGAUCAAUGCCUUUAGGAAAUUAGACAGGAGCAAGUUGAAGACUGAGUUGUAAAUAAAGCUUUAUACGUUUGUA